GGAAGCCGCGCUGUACAGGACACUGUCCCGCUGCUAAAGAGCUGCCCUGCUCCCCCAGCCGUGGGGCCAUGAGCCGCCUCAUUGGAGAUUAUGGCAUCAGGAGCCCACCUUACUAAGAAACGGGACCUAGAUGAAAGUUCUUCCAAUGAUUUCCCAAGGAAAAGGAUCUCUCCUUCAGCAAAGCAGAAUAUGAAGGAGGGAAAUAAUAAGUCACAAGAAGAGUUGGUUUCUGACAGAAACAGAACGCAGAUCGAGCAGUCUUUACACUCCAACGAAAACCAUUUCAAAGUGGUGUAUUGCAAGAGGAAAGCUCACUAUCAAACCCUGAGUCCCACAUACAAAAAGAAGCAGCUCCCAAAGGCUUGGGGCUGUGACAUGGCAAAUAAAGAAAAUGAGUUAGCAGCAGGGAACCUGCACGAUAAGCUUCAGAAUGACCGCCGCAGCUUCGCUCUUAACUCCAGUGACUCCAGCUCUUCCCAUACUGAAGGACCUUCAAACAAGUACAGUAGUUUCUUUGCAGAGGUUUCUAAAGACCAUGAGACAAUGGAGCAAGUCCUAUUUAGCAGGAAUCUCAGGCUAAACGUAGCUCUUACCUUCUGGAGGAAGCGCAGCAUAAAUGAGCUUGUUGCAUAUCUAGUCAGAAUGCAAGACUUAGGGGUGCUCGUAGAUUGUCUACCGGUCCUUACAAACAGUCUGCAAGAAGACAAAGCUUCCAUUUCAGUUGGCUGCUGUGUCGACCUUUUACCACUAGUCAAAUCCCUGCUUAAAAGUAAAUUUGAAGAAUAUGUGAUAGUUGGUCUUAACUGGCUCCAGGCAGUUGUAAAGAGAUGGUGGACUCAGUUAUCUGUAAAUUCUGAGAAUGCAUCAGAUGAAAACAUCCUGGUUUUAAAACGCCAAAUAAGUGGAAUGUGGCAGCAAGAAAAUCACCUUACAUCAGUCCCAGGCUAUACAGGCAACAUAGCCAAGGAUCUAGAUGGAUACUUAUCACAGCUCCGUUGAAUGGAUGUUUCAGAUAUCCUUGACUUGUAUAAUGUACUCCAUAAUGGACAGCCCUUGCAAUGGAUUUUUUUUAAGACUUGAACGGCUGCAUUGCCACGUGACCUCUUGUAAAACCACUAACAUAUUGCAGAGCACUUCUGCUCCUUCCUGCAGUUCAAUUAUGCACCCACUGAAGUGGUGACUGCCUGCUUCAUAUUGAAGUAGUGUAUUCUUCAGCUACUUUAACUGGCUCGGAGGGGACGUUUACCUUGUACUCCUGCACUCUGGACACAGGAGAGGAGUAUCCCUUCUCUUCUAAGGCGGGCCAGCACCUGUGCUACUGAGAUAUGAACCUUAUAUCACUGGGAUCUAAUACUAUGACAGAAACUGAUGAGAGAAAAAUGCACUUCCAGAUGCCUGGGAUCCCUGCAAUAUUAUGUGCCUCUAACACAGACAUUUUAGCAUAGGACACUGGGAACUGGUGCUCUCUUUUUCUAAUUGUGUUAUAUUAUUUGAAGCAUAAUAUUAAAGACAUUUUGCAGUAGAAAA